CUCAGAGACAAACGUGAAAUUUCCUUCCUCUGACCCCUCUCUCUCUCUCUCUCUCUCUCUCUCUCUCUCUGGACCCAAUACAAGUAUGCACACGAAAAACUCACAAACAUCAUAUCACGUAGCCCUCAUAUAAGCACAGCCACAAGAUGGGUCAUUCUUGAGCUGAGUUUCAGACACACCCGUAGAGCAAUGGCGAGCCUAAAGGCUGGAACAAGACCACCAUGGGUGGGCUUAGGAGCUGCGGUAUGGGUUCAGAUAGCAUCAGGCAACUCCUACACCUUCCCUCUGUAUUCGCACUCGCUCAAGUCUGUUCUUGGGUUCAACCAGCACCAGCUGACCCUGCUUGGUGUGGCCAACGACGUCGGCGAGAACUUUGGACUCCUCCCUGGGUUUGUCUGCAACAGGUUGCCUCCUUGGGUCGUCCUCCUGAUCGGCGCUAUAGCAUGCUUUUCCGGCUACGGCGUGCUCUGGCUCGCCGUGAGCCGGACAGUCCAGUCUCUGCCUUACUGGUUGCUAUGGAUUGCUUUGUGUGUCGCCACCAACGGCAGCGCCUGGUUGGGCACAGCCAUUUUGGUUACUAACAUGAGGAACUUUCCUGCCGACCGAGGCACAGUCGCAGGGAUUCUCAAAGGGUACUGCGGAUUAAGUGCGGCUGUAUUUACUGAAAUUUAUGGCGUCAUGCUUCACCAUUCUUCUUCCAGACUCCUCGUGUUCCUCUCACUUGGAAUCCCGGUUUCGUGCUUCAUCACUAUGUAUUUCAUCAGGCCUUGUGUUCCCGCCGCCAGCGAAGACUCUUCAAAGCGCGGCCAUUUCAUGUUUAUACAGGCAACAAGCGUUGCACUCGGCUUAUACGUUCUAACAACAACAAUAUUGAACGACAUCCUUCCUCUGACUUCCAAAUUAUCUUACUCAGCAAUUGCCGUAAUGGUUCUCCUCCUUCUGGCUCCUCUUGCUGUCCCUCUAAAGAUGACAUUUUAUCGCAGCAGAAGGGCGGUGAUACUGGAAAGCCAAUAUGACCCUUCGGAUGGUAUUGUUUGUGAUGGAUGUGAAGAUAAAUCUGAACCGCUUCUGACGAAUUCUUUGACGGAAAUGUACCUUGGAGCCCCCGAUGAGAACAAUGAUGUGUCUGAGAUUAAUAUGCUUUUGGCAGAAGGCGAAGGGGCGGUGAAGAAAAAGAGGAGGCCUAAACGAGGAGAGGACUUUAAUUUCUUUGAAGCUCUUGUCAAGGCGGAUUUCUGGCUUCUGUUCUUGGUGUAUUUUGUUGGAGUUGGUACUGGGGUAACCGUCCUUAAUAACAUGGCGCAAAUCGGGAUUGCACAAGGUGCGCACGACACAACAAUCCUCAUGUCUCUGUUCAGCUUCGGCAACUUCGUGGGUCGGCUCGGUGGAGGUGCCUUGUCUGAACAUUUUGUCAGGUCAAAAAUAAUUCCUCGUACCAUCUGGAUGACACUGACUCAAGUAAUCAUGAUCAUCACAUACCUUCUUUUCGCAUCGGCUAUUGACGGAACGCUUUAUGUGGCAACUUCACUACUCGGAAUCUGCUACGGUGUUCAAUUUUCUAUCAUGGUCCCAACCGUCUCCGAGCUUUUUGGGCUGAAGCAUUUUGGCUUGUUGUACAACUUCAUCUCACUGGGGAAUCCCAUUGGCGCGUUCCUCUUCUCGGGCCUCUUAGCGGGUUACAUAUAUGACAACGAGGCGGCUAAGCAGCACGGAUUUGAUGUGCUCACCUCGACCAUGACUUGCUUGGGUCCUGAUUGUUUCAGGCUCACCUUUCUGGUUUUGGCUGCAGUGUGCGGUUUCGGCGUAAUUAUGAGCCUGAUUCUGACCAUCAGGAUAAAACCUGUUUACGAGGCUCUUUAUGCUGGUGGAUCGUUCAGGCUGCCUCAAAGUUCAACUCACUGAGGUCAGGUUGAUAUGCCUGAUUUUUCUUUUUUUCAUUCCUAGGACAAGAACUUGCUUACCAGGUUCUUUUUCGGAAGUUGCUAUUCCAGGUACAGUCAUUCUUUUCUUAGCUCUACCAUAUGAUGAGAAAACAUGGAAUCUGGUCUGUCCGUCCAUAUUUUAUGAAGAAAGCUUUAUCAUCGCGGUAUA